AUGUUGCUGGUUGUGGAAUGGGAGAGUGAUGGGUUGCCAGACGCCCCUGCUGUGCAUGUGAAGGCACCCCAAGUCGGAGUCAGGGCCUGGCCUGGUUUAGGGGCGGUGUGGGUGUGUAGCUUAGGAGAUGGUGCCUUUCUGUUGUGUCCAAGGGCUGUGAAGCAUGGGCAUGGCAUGUGGGCAGUAGUGGCCAUGGUGUUCAGGCGACACCACUGGAGGUGCAGCAGAAUGUUCAUCCACAGCUUGCAGGCUGAUGCGGGAUCACAGAAUGGGAUGUUGAAGCCAUGCAGUCAGGCAUGCUUGGCACCUGGGUUGUGUGAGGUGUGCAUCGUCAAGCAGCCUGAUAGAUGCACUGUUGCACAUGGCAAACUGAGGCAGCACAUCUGGCAGAAUCCUGCUGGAACCGUGGAUCUAAAGAACAAAAUAGGAUAA